AUGUAAUCUGGAAAGUGUGACAAGAUAAUGCAAACCUAUUUAGUCUACGAACAGUAAAUGAAAAAGUGACAAAUUGUGAAGAACUGUAAUCUUGAGCACAGUAUGGGAGGCAAGAGGUGUUACAUCUAUUAUGCUACGGGACUUGGUUCGAAUUGUAUUCUGAAGCUGAUUCUGUGGUGAUGUAUGAUGGUGGAGCGGAAGCUGUUGGUGUUGUUCGGUAGCCAGACUGGCACGGCACAGGAUGUGGCCGAGCGGAUUGGCAGAGAAGGAGUACGGCGCCAUUUUGUUUGCAGGGUUUUGCCUUUGGAUAGUUACCCAAUAGCUGACCUGAUCCAGGAGCCUCUGGUGGUGUUUGUGUGUUCCACCACAGGCCAGGGUGAACCUCCGGACAAUAUGAAGAAAUUCUGGCGGUUUAUCUUCCGACGGAAUCUUCCUGCUGCCUCUCUCUCCAUGGUGAAUAGUGCUGUCCUUGGUCUUGGAGAUUCUUCCUACCCCAAGUUCAACUUUAUUGCCAAGAAGCUGAGUAAGCGCUUGAUGCAAUUAGGAUCCAAUAAACUACUACCAGUGGGAUUGGGUGAUGACCAACAUGAUCUGGGACCAGAUGCUGUAAUUGAUCCAUGGCUAAAAGAAUUCUGGGAUCAUGCUUUAAGAAUCUAUCCUCUUCCGCCAGGGUUAACCAUGCUUGGUGAUGAUGUCAUAUUGCCAUCAAAGUACCGCUUUCAGUUUGAGGAGGAUGCCACCAAUGGCAUAUUAGUGGGACCUUUUGACACCGACAGACAAAUUCCUGGUCCGCCCUCACAGCUCCACCCAUUCCCUGCCCGGAUGAUCGCCAACAAAAGGGUCACAGAUGAUAACCACUUCCAGGAUGUGCGACUGAUCACCUUUGAUAUCACUGGCUCCAGCAUCGAGUACUCAGCAGGGGAUGUAGCAAUGAUCGAACCUCGAAAUUCACCAGACAGCGUGGAACAGUUCUGUCAGCUGUUUGGCCUGAAUCCAUGUAAAAGUUUUAUCCUGAAGCCCAAUGAUGCAGCAACACCACUUCCUGCUCGAUUGCCGCAGCCCUGCACAAUUCAGUACCUAGUUGAGCGAUAUCUGGACAUUAACUGCGUCCCCCGACGCUCCUUUUUCGAGCUUCUAUCGUACUUUUCUCCUGAUGAGUUAGAGCAGGAGAAGCUGAAGGAAUUCAGCUCAGCCGAGGGCCAGGAAGAGUUGUACAGCUACUGCAACAGACUUCGAAGGACCACUUUGGAGGUUCUGUUCGAUUUCUCGAAGACGACAGCUGCCAUCCCAAUCGAUUAUCUCCUGGACCUCAUUCCUGAAAUUCGACCACGGGCUUUUUCCAUCGCUUCUUCCCAGUUGGCUCACCCCGGACAGAUUCAGAUUCUGAUGGCAGUUGUUCAGUACAAGACCAAGUUGAAGAAGCCUCGACGUGGUGUGUGUUCCAGUUGGCUGGCAUCCCAGAACCCACAGCAGGGUGAUGUGUUUGUGCCCCUAUGGGUGAAGGAGGGGAUGUUGCAGUUUCCUACAGACACUGAAACACCCAUUAUCAUGGUUGGACCAGGCACAGGGGUGGCACCAUUCCGAGCAGCAAUACAAGAACGUGUUGCAAAGGGGAGAAAAGGCAACUACCUGUUCUUUGGCUGCCGUGGGAAAUCGAAGGAUUUCUUCUGUCAAGCUGAGUGGGAGGAUCUGCAGCACAAGGGCUUGCUCAGCCUCUUCACAGCUUUCUCUCGGGAUCAGGAUCAUAAAAUAUACGUCCAGCAUCGUAUAAAGGAGAAUGGAGCUGUGAUUUGGGACUUGAUUGGGAACAAAAAGGCAUACUUCUACAUUGCAGGCAAUGCCAAGAUGAUGCCAGUACAGGUCACCGAUUCCUUGAAGUCUGUUUUCCAGUCAGAGGGAGGCCUUUCUGACACCGAGUCUGAGCACCUUCUUGUGGAACUGGAACAAGGCAAAAGGUUCCAGACGGAGACCUGGUCGUGAAGAUAUGUACCCGGGCUCAGAGCCCAGACCGCAGGAUGUGCCUUCUUCAAUGGGGUGUGAGUGAGUGUCAUCUGAUCACGGAUCAAUUGACUGUGGCUUAGGAGCUCUUCCCUGCUUCUUUCACCCGAUCACUCACUGCUGAAGUGAAAGAGAUUGCAUGUUGUGACAUAAUUUAUCAAGCAGAGGCAUUUCCCAUGAGAUGACUGGCCAGUCAGAACACACUAAACUUGACUGUUCAAUAAAAUAAAUUGGAUAUAGGGAACAAUAGGCUGCUGAACAGUCUCUGUUUGCCUUGCUUAUGAUGUUGUGCUGAGCUUGAUCACAGGCUCGGAGGCCACAGCUGCAUGAAGAAACCUGUUACUGCCGAUGGAGCUCAGAACGUUUGUGCCCCUCCCGUAUUUCACUGGGGUCAUUGAAGGAAGCAGGCCUUUGGCCUAGUUCAUCCAUGCUAUCCAAGGUGACUUCCUGGGCUAGUCCCAUUUGCCCAUUUUCCUCUAAAUCUUUUCCAUCCAUAUGCCUGUCCCAAUGCCUUUUAAACAUGAUUCCCUUCUCAAGAUGGUGCUCGAGAGUGGUGACUGAGGUGAGCUGCUUUCAGUAGAUCCACUCAUUUCAUUGUAAUUAUACCUGCUUUUGCCUCUUCUUCCACAUACCCACCACCCUCUGUGUGAAAAAUUUACCCCUCAGGUCCCCUUUCAAAUCUUUCCCCUCUCACCUUAAACCUAUGCCUUCCAGUUUUACGCUCUCCACACUGGGGAAAAGGCUGUGAUUAUUCAUCCCUUCUCUGUGCUCCAUAAUUUUAUAAGCCCUGAAAAGGUCACCCCUCAGUCUCCUUCACUUCAGGGAGCUCCAGGGAGAAUGGCCUCAGCCUAUCCAAUCUCUCCUUAUCACUCAAGCCCUCCUGUCCUGGCAACAUCCUAGUGAAUCUUUCCUACACCCUCUCUUGCUUAAUAACAACCUUCAUCUUGCACGGUGACCAAACUGCAGUAUUCCAAGUGCAGUGUCAGCAACAUCUUGUGCAGAUGUAACAUGAUGUCCCGACUCCCGGAAUCUAUAUCCCCACCACUGAGAGCCAGCAAGCAUGUCACACACAUGUUGUAUGAGCUGCAGUAGUGUUACUCUCCUUACUUACUGAUCCUCCCUCUAGUCCUCCACCUCCCAGUCUUCCCCAUCUCACGAUACUACAUUACAUCAGGUGAGAAUGGAGCAAGACCGUGACUUAUCUUCUCCAUAACCACUUCGCUGUUCUGCCUGGAACAAAUUUGAGGCUGUCACAGUGGCAUGGCUGAUGGAGCUGCUGUUUCACACCUCUGUUCAGUCCUGGCUUGGGCUGCUCUUUGCACGCUCUCCUUGUCACUACAUGGAUUUUGUCCUGGUACUCUGUUUUCCUCCAACAGUCCAAAGACAAGCAGGCUGGAAGGUUAAUUGGCCUGAAUGUAAUUGCCCCUAGGUUUGAAUCUAGGGGUAAAUAUUGAAAAUAAAAUGGGAUUAAUGUAGCAUCAA